CUGCUCCCUUUCUGUUUCCCUUACAAUGCAGGAGUUCCUAGCCAAAGCCAAAGAAGACUUCCUCAAGAGAUGGGAGAACCCCUCCCAGAACACGGCCAGGUUGGAUCAGUUUGAUCGAAUCAAGAUCUUGGGCACAUGCUCAUUUGGGAGGGUGAUGCUGGUGAAAGACAAAGAGACCGGGAAUCACUAUGCCAUGAAGAUCCUGGAUAAACAGAAGGUAGUAAAGCUGAAACAAAUUGAGCACACCCUUAACGAGAAACACAUCCUCCAGAUAAUCCUGACUUUUGAGUAUCUGCACUCGCUGGAUCUCAUCUACCGAAACCUGAAGCCAGAGAAUCUCCUGAUAGACCAGCAGGGCUACAUCAAGGUGACUGAUUUUGGUUUUGCCAAGCAGGUGAAAGACCGGAUCUGGACUCUGUGUGGGGCCCCGGAAUACCUGACUCCCGAGAUCAUCCACAGCAAGCUCGGACCUGAAGGACCUGCUCCAGAACCUGCUGCAGGUGGACCUCACCAAAUGCUUUGGCAACCUCAAGAACGGAGUCAAUAACAUCAAGAACCACGAGUUGUUUGCUACCACUGACUGGAUCGCUGUCUACCAGAGGAAGUUGGAAGCUCCCUUUAUACCAAAGUGCAAAGGUCCCGGCGACACGAGUAACUUCGACUACGAGGAAGAGGCGAUCCAGGUCUCGAUCACUGAGAAGCGCGCCAAGGAGUUUGCGGAGUUCUAGGACCAGUGUCCCC